CCCCUCCCUCUCCCCGCUUCCUCCACGUUCUCAGCCCAGUGCUCCUCACACAGUAGGAGUGCAAGAGAUCCCUUUGGAAGACCGAGCGAUCCCGGUGAGUUUCCCGGGUGGCCCCGGGGCCGCGGCCCCCGCCAUGCCCCAUGAGACAGGUGGCCCCUGGCUGCUGGAGUUUCUGCGGUCCCUCCAGCUGGACCAGUUCUACGUACCUAUCCGCGACCAGCUCAACGUCACACGGGCCGAGCACUUUGACUUCGUACAACCCAGCGACCUCGAUGGCAUCGGCAUGGGCAAGCCCGCCCAGCGCCGACUGGCUGAGGCCGUGAAGAGACAACGCCCGGGGCUGAAACCCAAGAACUGGGUCUACAAGAUCCUGGGGGCCCGGGGGUCCGAGCCAAAGGAAGGCGAAGGCUCCUCGCCGGAAAGCGUCCUCAGUCCCCCGUCCUCGGAGCCGGACGGAGCCCUCAAAUGUCUGAUUCCGGAGCAGGACGUGCGGCUCGGGGAGCAGCUGGGAGCGGGCUGCUUUGGGGUCGUUCAUCGAGCCAUCUGGACCCUCCCCGGGGGGAAGACCGUGCCGGUGGCCGUGAAAUCUCUGAGGAGCGGGGCGACGGUGGCGGCCGGGGGCGCUGGAGGCCCCGCCCUGGGUGACUUCCUGCAGGAGGUGACCGUAAUGCUGGGCCUGGACCAUCCACACCUGCUGCGGCUCUACGGGGUCGUGCUAGGGACCCAGCUACACAUGGUGAUGGAGCUAGCUCCCCUGGGCUCCCUGGAGUCCUGCCUGUUGGCGCCAUCCCCGAUGCCCCUGCCGCUUCUCUGCCUCUUCCUGCGCCAGCUGGUGGACGCCAUGAGCUACCUGGAGGGCCGAGGGCUGGUGCACCGGGACCUGGCCACCCGGAACCUCCUCCUGGCGGCCCCCGACGUGCUCAAAGUGGCCGACUUCGGGCUGGUGCGACACCUCGGCGGGCCUGGGGGCCGCUACAUCAUGGGGGGGCCCCGGCCGAUCCCCUACGCUUGGUGCGCCCCCGAGAGCCUGCGGCUCGGCGCGUUCUCGUCGGCGUCGGACGUGUGGAUGUUCGGGGUGACCCUGUGGGAGAUGUUUUCUGGAGGCCGGGAGCCGUGGGCCGGGCUGAGCGCCCACCAGAUCCUGCAGCGGCUGGAGCGGGACCGGCUCAGGCUGGAGCGGCCCCAGCUCUGCCCUCGGGGGCUCUACGGCCUCGCCCGCCGCUGCUGGGCCUCCGUGCCCGCCGACAGACCCACUUUCCGCCAGCUGGACGGGCUGCUCCGUGAGGCGUGGCCUCCGGAGGUGCGGUGUGUGCGGGAGCCGAACGAGCCGGGGGCUCUGAGGAUGGAACCGGGUGACCUGAUCACGGUCAUCGACGGCAGCCCCGACCUCCCCAUCUGGAGGGGCCAGAACGGCCGCACGCUCAAGUCGGGACCCUUCCCCGCGGCGGCCGUGAGCCCGGUCCAGGCGGGAGCCCCCGGCCCCGGCCCGGCGGCCCCCCGGAUCAGCCUGCCCAUCCGCGGGACCUUCCAGCACACCGCCCACGGAGACCACAGGCUGCUGGAGCGGAGCUGGGCCAGCCACGAAAGGAUGGAGGACAGGGGCAGAGCGCGGCUGCGGGAGGCAGCGGUGGGCCGGGCCGGCGGGAUGCCGCUCCACCAGAUGAAAGGUCUCUCCAAGAGCCUGGAAUCCGUCCUGUCCUCGGACCCCGUGCCGACGCGCGCCCGGCGAAGCCCCCCGGAUGCCCGCCGCAUGAGCGCCGUACCCCUGGGGGGCCUGGCCUCCCCGCCGCGGGGCCUCGCCGCCUUCCUUUCCCAGGCCCCCCGGGAGAGGGUCCGUCCCAAGCAGGACCCCGGCCCGUCCGACCGGCCCCCCGACCCCUGGGCGCCGCCGGGGGGCAGCCGGGCACCGGCGGCCAUCCCUAAUGCCGGCGCCCGCCCCGACCUGGAGCUGCUGAGGAAGAUUAAGGAGGUGGAAACGAGCGUCCACGGCGUCACCCGGCAGGAGUGUCAGGAGGCCCUGAGAGCCACGGGUGGGGCAGUACCUGCCGCCAUCCAGAAUCUCAAGGUCGAGCAGCUGUUCCACCUUAGCAAUCACUCCCGCAAUUACUGCCGCCGCGUCCUCGAACGCAACCAGUGGGACCUGUCGGCCGCCAGCCGCUACAUCCUGGCUCACCCUUGACCCUCCCCCCACCCGCUGCUCCCCAGGAGCCGGGGUGGUGGGGGUUGGUGCGGUUACCCUGCCCUCCUUCGCCCUCCGGCACGGCCCCCCCGGGCCCGGGACGACCUGUCCUGCCAACCAGAGGCUCGGCGCAACAGACCAAGGGAAGAGGGCUACGCCGAAGAAGCAGCGCGGUCUCGCGGAAAGAGCCCGGGCCUGGGAGGCAGAGGACUUGGGUUCUCAUCCCGGCUCUGCCAGUUACCUGCUGUGCUAC